AUGCAACGCUUUUUAAUCUCUUUAUAUCACGGCCUAUUCAUAUCUAUCUAUCUAUCUAUCUAUCUAUCUAUCUAUCUAUCUAUCUAUCUAUCUCAGUCUACCGAUAUCUAUCACAGCCUAUUCAUAUCUAUCUAUCUCAAUAUAUUCAUAUCUAUCUCAGUCUAUCCAUAUCUAUCACAGGUUAUUCAUAUCUAUCUAUUUCAAUCUAUUCAUAUCUAUCUCAGUCUAUCCAUAUCUAUCUAUCUAUCUAUGUAUCUAUCUAUCUAUCACAGCCUAUUCAUAUCUAUCUAUCUAUGUAUGUAUCAAUCAAUCACAGCCUAUUCAUAUCUGUCUCAAUCUAUCCAUAUCUAUCACAGUCUAUUCAUAUCUAUCUAUCUCAGUCUUUUCAUAUCUCUCUAUCUUAGUCUAUUCGUAUCUAUCUAUCUAUCUAUCUAUCUAUCUAUCUAUCUAUCUAUCUAUCUAUCAAUCACAGCCUAUUCAUAUCUGUCUCAAUCUGUUCAUAUCUAUCUCAGUCUAUUCAUAUGCCAGUCUAUUCAUAUCUAUCUAUCUAUCUAUCUAUCUAUCUAUCUAUCUCAGUCGAUUCGUAUUUAUCUACCUAUUUAUCUAUCAAUCUAUGUCUACCCUUAA